CUGCUAACAUGGCUGAACAAAGGCAACGUGCUUUGUCAACAUCAGGGGAAGCAUUAUAUGGAAUCCUGGCCCUACAGAAGGGAGCAACACAUGACGAGAUUAAGAAGUCCUACAGAAAACUGGCUCUGAAAUAUCAUCCUGACAAGAACCCUGACAAUCCAGAGGCUGCAGAAAAAUUUAAAGAGAUAAACAAUGCUCAUGCAACGCUGACUGAUCUGUCCAAGCGAAACAUUUAUGACAAGUAUGGAUCCUUAGGGCUCUAUGUGGCAGAGCAGUUUGGUGAGGAAAAUGUUAACACAUACUUCAUGCUCUCAAGCUGGUGGGCAAAGGGCUUGUUUGCAGUCUGCGGCCUCCUGACGGGCUGCUACCUCUGCUGCUGCCUCUGCUGCUGUUUCAACUGCUGCUGUGGAAAGUGCAAACCCAAAGCACCUGAAGGGGAAGAGUAUGAGUUCUGUGUGUCUCCAGAAGAUUUGGAAGAGCAAAUUAAGAACGACAUGGAAAGAGAUGGAGAGACUCCUAUUGUGCUUCAGCCCACGAACGCAACCGAGAAGACGCAGCUCAUCGGGGACAGCCACCGGAGCUACCGCACGGACUCCUAGAGCGGGCAACGAGGGUGCCUCCUGAGGGGUGUCACGGCAAGGAGGAACACGUGAAAAGCCCUGCAGUCUGUAUUCGUAGCUGUCUCUAAGCUAAUCAAGAGUAACCUGAAAGUAAUUUCCUGUUGAGGCGGAAUCUCCCUUUAGGUCACUUCAGCUGGGUUCACAUCUGCACUCUGCAAGGAGACGCCUACAGCCAGUACGGAGCUCUCGCUGCUUCAAGCUGCCCUGCUUGGCGUGGGCUUUCCUCUGCAAUACUCUCUUUGGUGCGAUUGCUCUUCUCCCCUGUCCUCAGCUGGGGUUUCACCUCCCAGACAUGGUCCUAAACACACUGGACACACCAGCUCCUUUUCUCCAUGCCCCAGAGAAGAUUUCCCUCAAAAAGGUCUGUGGCAAGGCAGCUGGGACUGUCCUUCCCAAGGAGGAAAGCAGCUAGCACCUUGCUGGUGCCCAGCCCCAGAAAUUGUGAAUCUCAGUCAGGGGAAGCUGCUCUGGGGUCAUUGUGGUGGUGGCCCCCGUUCCUCCAUGGAUGGAUUUGCCGUCCAUGCUGGGCAGCCCCGACUUUUCCAUCUGCAGCCGCAGUGUGCUGGGAGUUGAUCCCCAGCCAACAGCUUUCUGCCAGCUCUCUUACUCCCCGGUGCCCCUGGCCGCCGUCCCCACCACCCCGCUGGCACGGGGACAGCAUCCAUCACUCCCAAACAGCCUCGCGGGGCAGCAAGGACUUGGCAGGGCAGGGAGGCAGCAGAGGAGUGAGCAUCCUCCCCAUGGUCCUCAUCCUCAGGUGAGCCUGAAUCCUCCCCUCGGCCCCGGGCUUUAAGAGCACAUUGCAUGGCUUUAAAUAAAGAGGUAGGGAUGACAAACGUGCUGAUAGUUAUACCCUCAAACACACAACAUGUUCAGUUUUGAGCAAAACCACAGUGCUUGUGUAUUUCUGAAAAGCGAACCAGGUGUACCGCUGCACAAAUCGGUGGAGUUAUGUGUGGGUACAGCCAAAGCAAGCAUAAAGAAAUUAGGCCCCGAAUUUGUAAGAGACAAAGAAGUAACUCUGGGAUCUUAAACUUAGCACUUGUCUCAUUUGACAGAGUAGUUUAAGCCUUAGACAGAUGAAUUUCACUUUAUUGAUCAUGUUACAUCAAUCACUGUCAGUUCUGUACACUUGCUAUUUUUGUUCCUCUAAUCACAGUGCUGCAGUCCAAAGGGGGAAGUAAUGUACCACUGAAUUACAGAGACCGGUGAACAUAUAGCUAGUCAAAAGUCUUAUUCUCUUCUUUAAAAUUGGAUUCUGUGGUUGUGAAACAUUAUUGUCUUCCUUCCAUUCUCACCUUUCACUUCAAAUGUCAUUUAGUGGCAGCUAAAUAUAUGGGAAAAGAGUGUGUUUCAUAGCACCAGCUAUCACUCCAAAGUCAAGAAACACUACUUUUAACAUUUCUUUAAAGUUCCCACAACACAUGGAUAUUUUAAAAGCCAUUUAUUCUAGUUCAGAUUAUCUACCUGCUCUCCAAGUGCAGGCACUGGGGACAGCUAAUGCUCAUGUUGUCCUCAGAAACAGUCCUGGUUUUUGCUGCAGAGAGGAGGGGAAGUCCCAGCACAACCAGGGCUGUUAUCCUCUCCUACCCAUGGGCUGAAGAUAAGGUUCCCAUGCUGCAGAUAAUUGGAGGGGUCACUCAUAUGUACACAAAUCCAGACCGCUGCCCUGCCUGCCCAGACAGCACCAGGGGGAUGAGCAGAUCAGGCCUGAAACUAGGGAGAGAGCUAAAUCCUAGAUCAGUAAAAGCAUUUUGGUAAUUUUAUUCACCUUUGAUGUCCCUCAGGACCCCAGUGUAUGAGCCAGAUCCAAGGUUUACUGAAAUCAAGGAAAUGAUUUCCACAGGCCAGAGAUGUACCGUAAGUCAUGUGGUUCUUAUUCACUCUUUCUAAAUGAGAGAUUUUUCUUGGGAAAGAUUCAUGACUCGAUCUUGCGGGGUGAUGCAAAUAAGGACAAGCUGCCACAUGCUUGUAAAGCCCUUUUACUGACAUGGGGAUCUCUACAGAGAAACCACCAUGUAUUAUCUCAGUCAGCCAAAAACCCCAAAACAAACCAAUGACCAAGCCUUUGAGUGGGUUCUCCAGGAUUUACGGCUUAAAAAUCUGUGUGUCUGAACCCACGGUUUGAUUCCAAAGAGGCACCUUGGUUUUCAGGGUACCAUAACAUUUGCCUCUCUCGCCAUCGUCAGGAUCAGCUGAUUUGAGAAAGGAUGAAUAAGGACUGCAGGACUUAGCUCUUCCAUGGGAUUUUACUGUUUGUUUUGCUUUUCCAAAACGUUGCUAAAGUGAACACAGCUGUGCUUAUAUGACCUGUUUUUAUGUAAGGUUCAGUCACACACCCAUUAAUCUCCUAAUAAUGUACAGUUGCUCAAACUUCUGUUCUAUUUUGCUGCAUUUGUUUAAGAUGUAAAUUACCGCACAUUCCAAGCUACCUUUACCAUCAAGCACUCUGACUAAUAAAGCCUGCAUGUACGAA